UUCUUUUUUGAGGUUAUAUUAUUGAGAUGGGAAGUUAUCAAGUGAAUUGAAUUUGAGGUUUUUGCUUUUCUGAGCUCAGUUUAUGAAGAAUUACUGUAUGAAUGUAGUAAUAUUUGUUAACUGAAAAAGCACUUAUUUGAUAACAUGAUGUUCUGUAGGCGUUUUUGGCACCGUCCCAUAAACUAUGGAGUAAAUUGGUCAAAGUACAAUUCAUCAAUGCCUGCAAGUGUUCCUGACAGUGAAAUUGAGCAACUUCAACAGAAGAAAACUCCACUCGACUACCCUGAUUAUUUCCAAGUCCACAAUCUAUUCACUGUCAAGAACUUGUUUGAUGCUCGUGUCCAUUACGGUCAUAAAGAGGGAUCACUCAAUGACUAUAUGCGACCGUACAUAUACGGCUCCAGAUUAGGCCAUUUAAUAUUUGACUUGGACAUUACUGCUGAGCAUUUGCGGAAAGCACUGAAUUUCGCCGCUCAUGUUGCUUAUCGGGGUGGCAUAAUAUGCUUCUUCAACAGGAAUGCAUUGAAUGCUCAUCAGGUUGAAAAAACUGCUCUAGAAUGUGGGGAGUAUGCUCACACGAGAUUCUGGCGUGGAGGUAUCUUCACCAACGCCAAUCAUCAGUUUGGUGCGGUAACAAGGCUACCGGAUUUGUGUAUAUUUUUGAAUACACAAAACAAUAUAUUGAAUCAGCAUACAGCAGUCAGAGAUAGUGCAAAAAUGUUGAUUCCGACGAUAGGAGUUGUAGAUACUAAUUGUAACCCUAAUUUAAUAACAUACCCAAUCCCUGGAAAUGAUGACAGUCCUGUGGCGAUAGAAUUAUACUGCAAAUUAUUUAAAGAGGCCAUAAUGCGUGGAAAAGCAGAAAGAAUGAAGUUUUUACAAGAUAAUAACUAA